AUGGAGGGCGUGGCCGCCCGGCUCGCGGAGGCGACCGGCCGGCCCCUGGCGGAGGCGCUGGGCGCGCUGCGCGCGAGGGGCGGGAGCGCGGAGGAGGCGGCGGACCUGCUGCUUUCUGGGGCUCCGCUGGAGGGGCAGACAGGCGGCGGCCCUGGAGGCGGCGCGGCCGCCGCCCCGUGCGGGGCCACGGGGCCCGUGGCGCCCGGCGGCGCCGAGCCUGCUGCAGAAGGCGGCGCCGCUGCGCGCCUGGCAGAGGCCACCGGCAGGCCGCGCGAGGACUGCGCGGCGGCGCUCGCGGCCAGCGGCGGCGAUGCCGACGCCGCCGCGGCGGCGCUGCUGGGUGCCGACGAUGGAGCACCUGGCGAUGCCGCACAUUUAGGAGACGAUCCUGGUAGUGCCGCGGAGCGCGACAGCGAUGUGGGCAUUGACACCAGCGCCUUGGGAGCGGAGGACGAGGCCGUCGCGGCGGAGCGGCUGGCGGAGGCGACCGGGCGGCCGCACGGCGACUGCGUGCGGGCGCUGCGGCGGAGCGGCGGCCGCGCGGACGUCGCGGCGACCUAUCUGCUGCCGGACGCAGAGGCGGAGGCGGACGCAGGUGGCGUCGCAGAGGCGGAGGAGGACGGCGCGGCCCGGGGGGAGAGCCCGCCGCAGGCCCGGCCAGGCGGGAUCGCGGCGCGGGGGGUUCCUGGCGUCGCUUGGGCGGCGCCAGGCGAGUCGCCCGGCCCCUGCAGGGGCGCCGCCGCCGCCGUUCCUCGAGUGAGAAGGAGGAGGAGGGUGGUGCAGAAUUUGGCUUAUGAGGUAAUUGCUGUUGCAGCGGCCGUCCGUGAUACGGAAGCGUCCGCCGCACUGAGACGGUGCCCGUCGCCGUGGCAGGAAAGAGUCGUGCAGGCGCGACGAUCAUCUGCCAGCGCUUGA